AUGGCACAGCCCAAGCAAGAGACGGAGGUCGAGAUGAUGGAGACGGUGACCGCCAACGACGAAACCCUCUCGCCGCCGGAUGCCAAGGCAGGCGCACCAUUGAUGCGGUCCAAGGAGGACGAUCACGACGUCUGGCACACGGUCCGCCGGUACAAGCGAGCAGGGCUGAUCGCAAUGGCAGCGGCCUUCUGCGCAUCCCUCGAUGGCUAUCAGGGGAACCGGGUGCGCACAGAGAUCAAUCUUAAUGGCGGCAUCGUCGCUAACAAGGGCUUUAUCCGCCAAUUCGCCAAUCCCGGGGAAACCAUAAUUGCCAGCAAGUAUGUAUCAGCCUGGGGCGGCAUCCAAUCCACCGGUCAGGCGGUCGGCCAAGUUCUUCUCCAAUAUGCCACCGAGGCCACCGGCCGCAAAUCCGCGCUUUGGAUCAUCUGGGUCAUUCUGACCGCGAGCAUUUUCAUCGAAUCGUUCGCCAGCCGGUGGGAUCACUGGCUCGUUGCGAAGCUCUUCUCCGGCAUGGGCGUCGGCAUGUUGCAGUCAACGGUGCCGCUGUACCUAUCGGAGAUUGCUCCGACUCAACUGAAGGGUUUCUUCAUCAACGCAUACAGCUUCUGGUUCAUUGUGGGCCAACUCUUCGCCUCGGUGGCCUUGAACGAACUGAACAAGUCAGAGCCGUACAACUACAAGACACCCAUCUACACGCAGUGGGCGAUGAUCGGCGUCAUCGGCAUCGUCUUUCUCCUCAUCCCGGAAUCACCCUGGUGGCUCGCCAGCAAGGGAAAGAUCGAGAAGGCAACAAAGGCGUUGAAGUUUUGCAACGGCGGCAUCGAGGGCUAUGACAUCCAGGAAACCAUCGAGGUCAUGACGGCGACUGUCAUGAUCGAGCGUCAAAAUGCCGAGCAGAAUCAAGAGCUGGGCAUGUGGGCCGUCUUCCAGGGCCGCAAUCUACUCCGCUUCCUCAUCGCUGGAUGGUCCAAGAUCACGCAGCAGUUUGUCGGCCUGACUGUCUUCAAUACCUAUGCCGUCUACUUCUUCCAAUACGCCGGGAACCAGAACCCUUUUCUCGUCACGGUCAUCCUCUCGUGCGUGCAGCUUCUCUCGAUGCUAUUUUCCGCCACCCUGACCGAUCAAUUUGGCCGUCGGCCCCUGACCGUGUAUCCCUAUGCUGUAACGGUUGUGUCGGUCUUGUGCCUGGGCAUCAUCGGCUGCGUCGACUACACAGCCAAGGCCACAAGCUCUCUUCUGGUCUUCUUUGCCUGCCUGGCUACCUUUUCGACUACCGGUGCGUCGGCCAUUGGCUAUGCGUACGCGGCUGAGGUCCCUCAGCAGCGGCUACGUGCGCGGACGGCUGCUUGGUCUCUCGCCCUAUCAAAUUGCAUCGGUAUUAUGUUCAGCUUCUGCACGCCUCUGAUGAUCAAUGGUGCUGCCCAGUGGGGGGUCAAGACGGGAUUUUUCUUCGCCGGAACGGGAGCCGUGGUCGUUGCCAUCGCCUGGUUCAUCCUCCCGGAGGUCACCCGGCGAACACCGGGUGAGAUUGAUGAGUUGUUCGACAAGAAAGUGAACUUGCGCAAGUUCGACAAGUACGUUACCGACGUCCAGAUUCGUGCCGAUGAGCUACACAAUAGAAAGGAAGCGGCGUAG